CACUGCGCUAGCAACCAGAGAAAAACUUACAAAAAUCAUCAGGGAACUUUUCAUGUUGCUCGCAGACUGGCUUUUCUCAGUUUCACUUGAGGAUUGGCUGCAACUGUUACGAGGAGAGAGAGAAAGAGAGAAAGAAAGAUAAAGAGAGUAAGAAAAAGACAAAAAGAGACAGACAGAGGAGGAGACAGUGAAUGCCAGACCAGAGCAGGGACAGAAACUGAGAAUCAGUGAGGGACAGUCAGAUAGACAGAGAGAUAGGGUGUGAGACAGACAGAUAGAGGGCAAGUGAAAGAGACGGAGAGACAGAAAGAGACGGUGUCAAGGAGAGAGAGGGAAAGCAGAGAUAGAAAGAGAGAGAUUAUAUGUAACAGGAGCUGGGUCAGAAGGGUUUUGACAAUCGCCUGGUGGGAUCAGCAAAGCUGCUUUCCUGUAAGAGCGUUGUGUUGUCAGGUCUGGGACUGGUUCAGAAUCCUGUCUGAAGGUGGUUGGGAAAGGGCUGGAGGUAGAGCAGAGAUAGACGCAGCAUUCAAACAGAGCUUGCCAGCCCUUGCCCUGGGUUGAGAGAAAGGGAGGCACGGACAGUGGGUACAAUGUGGCCGGCAGCUCUUGCUCUGAAUUUACUUUGGGUUUCGGUCAGUCUGACUGGUCCCAGCAGCCAAUGGCGAGGAGCAGACAGUCCACGUGGGCACUACCACCGUGUCCAACAUGGGCAGUGCAGCUACACCUUUGUCCUGCCUUACCCAGGCCAUUGCAGAGCCAGCAUGCAGCAGCAGGACACCAAUGCUCUCCAACGGGAUGCCCCACCCAGUGAACCAGAAACCUCCUUCCAGAAACUCCGCCAUCUGGAGACAGCCACAGAGAACAACACCCAGUGGCUGCUGAAGGUUUUAAACCAGACAUCGAGAAUUGAAAUUCAGCUGUUGGAAAACUCCCUUUCCACCAACAAACUGGAGAAACAGCUGAUGCUGCAAACCACUGAGAUCAAUAAAAUUCAGGAGUGGAACCGUCUUUUAGAGAGGAAGGUCUCGGACAUUGAAGCCAAACACCGGGCCGAGCUGGGCUCCAUGAGGAAGGAGAAGGAGUUGCUCCAGCAGUUAGUGGGUCACCAGGUCAAUGCCAUCCAGGAGCUGGAGAAACGCCUGCUCACAGCCAUCAGCAACAACAGUGGCCUCCAACAGCAGCAGCUCAAACUCCUCGAUACUGUUCGUCACCUCAUCACCCUCAUCACCCAGGGCAAAGUUUUUGCUGGUCUUCAUGAACGAAGGCUCCAACAGGAUUAUAGUUUGACACUUCCCAAGAGGCUUUUCCUGAAAGGAUACAGUGGAACAGCAGGACGUCAGAGCAGCCUGGCUCUUCAUGGAGCAAGUUUCAGCACCAGAGAUGCGGACCAUGACAAUUGCCACUGCAAGUGUGCCCUGAUGUUAACUGGAGGUUGGUGGUUUGAUGCCUGUGGACUGUCCAAUUUGAAUGGGAUGUACUACACAGUUGGAAACAACAUCCGAAAACUCAAUGGCAUCAAGUGGCAUUACUUCCGGGGUCCCAGUUACUCGCUGCAAGCGACCAGCAUGAUGAUCAGGCCUUUGGACUUCUGACUUUGGUGGUGGGCAGUGCUCAUCGGGGAGCUCGGACAACAUGCCCUUUCUUUUCAGAGAGAGAGACUGGCACAGACACAAGUUGGAUUUGCGCAAAUAAAGGGCUUGGUGGUUUUGUAGAGCCAAAGAAGGGCUCAGCGGGGAAUCUCUGUUCUGAGAAUGGCCAAAAGUGAAGAUGAUUUUGAAAAUUAACUUCAAAGGAUCUCCUGCUCAGAACUAAUUCAAUUCAAAAGCUUAAGAAUGACUUUUACACAGAUUGUUCGUGACUAAUUCUGAAUAUUAAUGGACAUUUUAAAUACAUUUAAGCCGUGUACAUGUGUUUAUGAUAUUAGAAACAGAUAGAUCCUUUACUUAAAUUAAAAAUGUUCACUGUAAUUUCAAUAAGGAAGUGGAACCCCUGAAAGUAACAGAUUCCAAUUGGCUCAAAAUCCUGGCCCAGAUGGUUGUGCAAAGAAUUUUUGGUUGGAAUUAAUAGAUUUCCCUUUCUUGCAGGAUCAAUUCCAUCCCUGUAUUCCUCACUAUCUUCCCCAUCCUCUUCCCGCCCAAAAUACAACUGGUUAAAGCCAAUGGGCAUAUAGACGAGCAAUAGAAAUGAUUUUAGGUUAUUGAGGCAAGAAGCCUACGUAGAGUUGAUGGCCUGUGUCAUCAGAUUCAAAUGUUCCAGUAACUCACACUUUUUGUAAGACCUUACAUCUCAUAAAACACAUCCCAAUGGACUUCAGAAACGGGAAUAAAUGGAGAAUAUUAUCUCUGAACUAAAACAAGAGAAAUCAGCAGAGUUGAACCACAGACUGGCUGAAUAAAUAACUCAGCAGAAAGCAAUAAAGGAAAUGAAAGGUGAGAGGUUACUGGGGAUACUAAGGAGAGGGCAGAGCUGGCUGUCUGUAGUAGUUAGGGUGAAGGGAAAGAGGAGCACACCAGAUGCCAAGAUCAAAGGGCUGUAGUGUACAGACGGCUUUCAGGCUGGAGAAGGUUGCAGAGAAAAGCAUGAGGAAACCCUAUGGAGAUUCAAGGACAAGGACCCGAAUUUAUUUGUUGAGGGACAAGGAGCAUCAGGAUUUCUUGCGGAUAUCAGGGGUUGGAAUGUCGGAUGAACAAGACUUUGUGUACUUGUAUUUGACAUUAUUAUUUAUCUUUUCUUCCCGCUGUCUCAUUUUGCCCUGCGUACUGACACUGACAUGGGUUCAGGUCAUUGCUAUGAUGCCAGAGCAGACCGCCAAAUUUAUGUUACAAUCUGUUUCGGGAAUAGUAACAUCUUUUAAAACGGACAAAGUGUGAGAUCCUAGGGAUUCACUAAGACUACAAGAUAUAGGAGCAGAAUUAGGCCAUUCGACCCAUCAGGUCUUCUCUAUCAUUCAAUCAUGGUAUUAUGUUUUUCAACCUCAUUCUCCCCAUAACCCUUGA